AUGCCGAUUGACUUGUGCAAGACGCCAUGGAACGUCCAGAAGAUCUGUGAGGAGGCCACCUUAAAGGAGCUCAAUGCAGAUCUCCGGCGGGCGAUAACGCGCGGUGAGUCCGUGCCGAGGGAGUACAAGUUGCAGGCGCCUGGGGAGGAGGUGCAGCUUCAGGGCAUGCGCCGCCACGAAGGGCUGAACGGACGUCAGGGCGAGGUCUUGAGCCGCAUUGCGGAUGAUCAGGGAUUCCUCCUGGUGCGCGUUCAGAUGGAGGAUGGGGCAGCAAA